CACCACGACGGAUCGAUCGAUCGAUCCGCGCUAACGCUGAUAGGGGCGUAUAGAGCGCUGUAGUUUAGGCGAGUUUUAACCUCUAACGACGCUCCAUGGUGUGCCAGGCGUGAGGGUGGAUUAGUUUAGUCUAGUUCACUGAUUUUACAACUGAUAGUGAGUGGCUGAGACAGGCAGGUUUAGAAGGAAAACAAGCCUCGACUAUCCAUGUCCUAUUGCAGAUCCUAGAGCUAGAGUUCACUGUCAGUAUUCGUGUUCAGUGUGUUUGUACCGCCGCAAUCGUCCUAGUUCCUAGUCAGACCGAGCCUGCUCUAGGAAUCACUUUAUAAAAUGGCCGGCAUACUGUUCGUGGUGCACAUCCCAUCGGCCAGCUACGAGCGGGAACUUAGGCGCAAGGAAUCGGAACGGCUCGCCAAAACUUCCAGCGCCUCGACGGAAGAUGAGAAGGAACCGGGUGAAAAGGGUGCGGAGUCGCAACCGUUCAUCACGCCACAACCGAAAACAGCCCAAUCGAAGAUCCCUCGGUCCAACAUCAUAAAAGCACCGGAUGAGGGUACUAAAAAUCCGGCCCCACCGAUCGGAGCACCGAUUAUUAAGUUCAUCGAUCAGGAUGGAGAUGAGAUACCAUCGGUCGACGGUGGCGAUGGCAAGGAACAGGAUAAGGAUGGUGCCGACAAAGGGAAGGAGGAGAAGAGCAACUUCCUGGGCGAUCCAUUCGAUCGUACCUCGGCCCUGCGCAAAUCCUGGAACGGACUGAAGGAUCUGAUCGGUUCGGCACGCAAAGAUAAAACGGCCCGCGAGGAGGCGGCCGAGAAGCUAACGCUCACCGGUGACUCAUCGAUGGAGGAAGUCCUAAAGACGAUCAUCGCCGAGAAGCGGCUGCACACGGCGGCCUGGAUCGAGACGGAUCAGGGCAAUGGAUUCCAUAUCAUGUUCUCGAUCGAGUCUGGUCCGAUUUGUGAUGAUGUCAUCUAUAUGCUCAGCUCGUGGGGUGUAGGUCAGCGUUUCAACUCAACGAUCUCGAUCACCUCCUGUACGCUGUACAGUCAGCCGCCGGAAAUCGGAGAGCAACCAGAAGAACCGGGCGCUGAUCCAAACAAAAACAACGAGGACAGUCCAUGGAAUGCGUUUCUCUCGACAGUGCGUGCCCGCCUGAACGUGGCCCAGAUCGUCGAAGAGGUAAAACAUGAUGCCCAGAUAUCGUUCGAUUUCGUAUCGAUGCUGGUGGUGGCCAGUAUCUUGGCGGCCUUCGGUUUAGUGGAGGACAGCUCCCUCUUCCUGAUCGCCAGUAUGCUUAUCUCACCGCUCAUGGGUCCCAUCAUUUCCGUCAUCUUUGGCACAGUCAUCAAGGAGCGUAGUCUGCAGCUGCUCGGGCUGAAGAACGAACUGAUCGGCAUUAUGCUAACCGUGACGGUUGGCUUCAUCUUUGGGCUGAUCGUGUGCAGUAUCGAUGAUCGGUACGGUGUCGGUGAGGGUAUCACGCACGAGAUGUUGGCUCGCUGCGAAACGCACUCGCUGCUCGUCGGUAUCGCGAUCGCCCUUCCAUCCGGUGCUGCGGUCGCCAUUGCCAUCCUGGGCGAAAACAUUGGCUCGCUGGUCGGUGUGGCCAUUUCCGCCUCGCUGCUUCCACCUGCCGUGAAUGCGGGUCUGCUGUGGGCACUCUCGUGUCUGUACUUCCUGUUCGGUUCAGAGGAAUCACGCUACGGUACGCUGAUCAAAACGCAGCUCUACUCUGAAAACCAGGGGAUCGAGCUGCUGACAUUGGGUUGCAUGAGCAUGUCACUGACGCUGCUCAACAUCUUCUGCAUCUACAUAGCGGGCGUAGUGUUCCUGAUGAUCAAGGAAGUGGCACCGGUCGUACCGAAGGAUCAGAAGCAGUUCUGGAAGCACGACAUCAAGAUCGCGCGCGACUACAACCGCACACUGCACACCAACGAUGGUAUGACGAUGUCGAAGCACCUGAUGCAGGAGCUGACCUCGCUCCACCACAACAACGAUACAAUGGGUGGUAUGGGUUUGCGGCCCGGCGAAUACUUGCUCAACUCCGCCUCCAAAACUGGUCACCAGAACACGUGGUCACCGCGCCAUAACUACCAUCAGCGCGAUCACCGACCGACGGUGCAGGAACUGGAGGCCCUCUAUCUGAGUCUGUCGGCCAACACGACGGAGAAUCAGUUCCACUACUCGGCGCACCCACCCGCCCCACAUUACCUUAGCUUCGAUCGUCAGCAAUCGACAUCACCGACGCACAACCGGCGCAUGAACCCGCAAGGCCCGAUCGGACGGCACCGUGGAUUUUCGGAGUCGUUGCGCGGUGCCACGGGUCCACUGUCCAAGAUCCUGGAGGAUGUGGCAGCCGGUACGUCCAAGGGCGAGCACGGUGGCGCUGGGACGCACGGUGGUGCGGCAGGUGGUCGUACAUCGAGCCGCUACGGAUUGCCCGGGUUUAAGCGAAGCUCCAAAAAAUUUACCGUCACCCCGGCCUACGAUCCUAUCCAGAAGGAGUAAAGCGUGAAGCGGAUCUCGAGUGUACCAUCGUCUGGUUAGUGUAUUAGCGGAAGCGGCGAUCGAAAUAUUCACACGAACGAUAUCGCGUCGACGGGGAUUGUGAUCCCAUGUGAAUCGUUUUGCUGUGUGUGUUGUUGUAAUUAUUGUUUUCUCUAUCGCCUCUGCUCCGUUACCAAUUUUUGUUUCCCAGGGCGUGGGUGUGUUUUCUUCGCACCACGUCCCAUAUCCGAUCACCAAUAUCGUUCUGGGGAAGAUCGUUUGAUUGGUUUUCUUUGUAAAUAGUAUUGUACGGUGUUGUUAAGUCCGGGGGAGUAAACUAGUCGGUAAGCGGGAAAGCAUUAAAGAGGCUGCUUGUUUAUGUGUGUAUGUGUAUUGCCAAAGCGGGCCAAAUUGGCCACAGCAUACGAAUUCUUGUGUCGAAUGUCGAUUGCCAGCUUCGUCCAGCCAGCACAAGUUGAUGUGUGUACUUAAGUAAUGGAAAAGCGAAGGUUUAAAAAGAACCACAGGCUGGUGUGCGAGGUGGCAAUAAAAAAAAGAAACCGUGUCACAAGCAACAUGAACAUGUUUCCUUCCUGA